CCCACAUCAAACUCUGCCAAAGAAGAAGAAAAACUUCCUCAACGAAUAAACCAACGCUCACACAGCCAACCAACCAACCAUCGGUAGCCAAAGUCAAUCAAUUGAUCUAUUAAUCCGGGAGAGAGGGGGGGACGAGAAUUUCAGCCUCAAUUUCCUUUCCUUCUCUUCUCUGUUCCCCUACCCCCCGGACACUGCUAGGACACGGCACAGAAUAAAACAAUGCUAAAGCACUCCCUCCGCCAAUCCCCCCUCCGACGGCCGCUCCUGCUACUCAGAGCCAGUAUAAGCAGUAAUACACCCCUCCUCCUCUACCCACCAGCACCUACACCGGCGCCCCGCAAAUCCUCAACCCACCACCACCAACCCUCCUACUUCGCCGCGAGCAUACCAAACCCCUCUCAACCAUCAAAAGACCACACGCCUCCAUCCGAACGCAGCAUAAACCUCGGCCGGACAAUCCAAACCCUAAAGUCCCACCUCCCAACCCUCCUCCAGACCCCACUUCCACUGGACAUCCUCUCACCCAGCAUAACCCUCAACUUGUUCCCAAGCACACACCCACACUUACCCGCUGUGCGCGGGAGGGUAGCGUACGUGGCAGCGCUAUGGACUGCUCCGGUGGCGUGGGGUAGGUUACCCGGCAGGCAUCGCCGUUUGGAAGUUCUCAGUGAGAGGAUGCUGCGGGAGGGGCAGGGGGAAGGGGAGGAAGUGUUUGUGGUUAAAUGGAGGAUGUGUGAGGAGGAGGAGUUUUGUGGAGUUUUUCUCUUCGGGUUUUGAUGAUGUGGGGAGGGUUGCCAGGCAUGUUAUUGAGGAGGUGGAGAAGGGUGGGGAUGCCUAUGGAGAGGGGAAGGGUGGGAAGGGUGUUGCUGGGGUUACGGAGUGGCUUCUUGGGAAGGCGAGGGGUUC